AUGGCGACUGCAGACGAAACACCAUCCGCGCCAAUCGUUCCCCCUACAGCAAAGGUCGCCAGCACCAAGCCUCCAAGGGCGUGGCGCCCUAGGCAAGACGGUGAUCCUCGCGGAAUGGUGGCCGUUUCGCUCGAGCUAAAGGCCGCGGCCUUGGAGGGAGCAGAUGAAGGCAUCAUCGAUGUCUACCACGGGAGGAACCCCCCUUUUUCGGCCAACGAAACGCCAAGGCAGAAAGGCUCCUCAUUACCAACGAAUCUGACUCGGCCAUUAAGGCCGUAUACCAGGCGAACCGAGAGGCCAGGGCAAGAGGGGUGCCAGGUUACCAACCCGAGCAGGGAAAAUUGGAGGUCAAGGCCCCCUUCGGCAGAAGCGAUUUGGAAUACCUCCGCCGAUAUUUUACUGUGA